UGGGAGUAGCUGAGGGCCCUGCUCUCGGGUGGAGUCUUCAGACGGCUGGUGCAGCGGUUCUGGGAACACCCUCCUGUCCUCAGUCAUGGCCUGUGGUCUGGUCGCCAGCAACUUAAACCUCAAACCUGGGGAGUGCCUCAGAGUGCGGGGCGAGGUGGCCCCGGACGCCAAGAGCUUCGUGCUGAACCUGGGCAAGAACAGCGACAACCUGUGCCUGCACUUCAACCCUCGCUUCGACGCCCACGGUGACUCCAACACCAUCGUGUGCAACAGCAAGGACGGCGGGGCCUGGGGGGCCGAGCAACGGGAAGCUGCCUUCCCCUUCCAGCCUGGGAGUGUCGUGGAGGUGUGCGUCUCCUUCGACCAGGCAGACCUAACCAUCCAGCUGCCGGACGGAUACACCUUCAAGUUCCCCAACCGCCUCAACCUGGAAGCCAUCAACUACUUGGCAGCUGAUGGUGACUUCAAGAUCAAAUGUGUGGCCUUCGAGUGAGACUGGCUGGGCCCCCGCCCCCAAUAAAAACA